AUGGCGGCGGUCGGCGCCGUCGUGGACGCCGUCUUCGGCUCGUACGACGUCAAGAACGCCAAGCAGUGGCGGGACGAGGACCUGCUGCACCGCGAGCAGGAGAAGCAGUGGCGAGAGGACUCCAUCCAGCGCGAGUACGAGUGGCGGCGAGCGGACCUGGAGCGCGAGCGCCGCGUCAUGAAGCUCGAGAACGAGAAGCGCAUCAUCGACGCGCGGCAUCGGCAGCUCGCCGCCGUCUCGCAGAUGUCGGCGCUUCUUGCAGGCUUCACCAUGUCCACGAUUGUGGAGGUCCAGAUCGCAGACGCGACCAGCCAGUCAGUGAUGAUCGCGUACGGCGCCGUGUGCGCCCUAGAGUUUAUAGUCAUGUUGAUGUGCAUGCUGACGUGUACGGCGCUGCUGCUGGCGCUGACACGGUUCGUGACGCACACACUGGAGGGCGAAGUGCACGCGCUUUCGUCCCUGGAGCUGGACGUGGUGUCGCCCUUCUACGGCUGGUGGCUCAGCAAGUGCGAGCGCGAGUGGAUCAUGGCCUACCACCUUUUCCGACUCGGGCUGUCCCUGUUCCUCGCACAGGUGGCGUUGCUCGGCUGGGCAGUCUUCGGCGAGUGGGUGGCCGCUGCCUCGUGUAUGACGGCGCUGUGCGUGCUCGCGCUCGCCUACUUGGAGCUGCGUGUUGCCAGUCGGUGGAGAUAUCUCGUGCGAUUUCCAGAGCAGCAGGCGCCAGCGUCGCCUACAUCAAGAAGGCCGACCGACGCGUCGCCGCCAGCGCCACCU